AUGUGCCGUGUACUGGUUCUCGCAUUAGUGAUUGUUGCGGUUGUAGGAGCCGUGGAGGCGACUGCCCUGUCACGCAGGCUAGCAUCGAAAAGGGCCGUUGGAGGAACCUGUGCUGCUGGAGAACGGCUAGGCUGUACUGACUGCAGCACUGUGAAGGUUUGCAGCUACGAUCAGACCAUACUGACGGAGUACCGUUGCCAGGAUGCGACUCCCGACAGUCCGUACUGCGUCGGGGCCGGUAUUUGCUCGCCAACUCCGGACCCACAAUCGGUUUGCCUCUCGUCCGACGAUUUGUGUCCGCUAGGAGCGCCUGGAUACUACCCAGACCCCACCAACUGCACUCGAUACCUGUAUUGUGACGAAAACAAGAUCAGCUAUCCCGAAACUUGUAAAGCUACGAACAAUGUGUACAACCAGACGAGCGGAUCGUGCUUCUUGAAGACGAAAAGCGCCGACUGUUUCCAGACCGAUUGCACCAAGAACAAGGACAAGUGGUUCGUGUACACACCAUUCCCGCAGCUGUACUUCCUGUGCUCGUCGAAGGGUCCGCUGGUGUUUCUGUGUCCGCGGGAGCACGAGGUAUUCAAUGUCAACCUCAAGAUAUGCGAGUUCCAGUGCCCAUCGGAUGGCCGCUUCGCCUUCCCUGGCAACACGGCCAAGUACUAUGAGUGCCUGUACAGCUCCAAAACAAAGCUUGAAUUGUACGAAAAAAAUUGUCCACCUGCGCUGACGUUUGAUGCCACGGUGGGAUCCUGUAAGAAGUAA